AUGGUGUGCGAUGGUGGCGCCAUGCUUUGCCUGGAGUCGCUGAUGACGCGAUGGCGUGAAAGAGGGGAGCGCGAAGGGCAGCGCGCGCGCUCCCACAGCCUCUGCUCCUCUGCAGCAGAUGGAAGUCUCUUACAACUGCUGCACAGAAGAGCCAGUAGUGCUAUCUCGUCAGCCAGUGAGCUUAUAUCAAGGCGUGGCGUAUUCUCCCGCAGACAGUACGGCUCCGUUGAACAGUUGUCAGCGUCAGGAGACGGAGGCGGCACAGCGGAUACAAUUAUUCGACGAUACCGCCUUGAAAAUGGCAACUCACUCGGCGAAAAAGACGAACUGUUCGGGCCUCCCAGCGCACCGGUACUUGAAAAUCCGGAAUUUCAAACUCGGUGGUACUUCAAAUACUUCCUUGGAAAAAUGCAUCAGAACUACAUCGGUGUGGAUGGCGCGAGGGAACCAUACCUCCUUAGCGUGGUGCAGGAGGGCGCGGGUCUUUUACGAGCAAUUCUCUUCAAUAAAAUGGGAGCUCAUAAGAUAUAUCUCCCGGCGAGCGCAUGGAGCGGCGGCGGAGGCCAAGCUCCUACGAGGCCCACCCUCAAACAGAUAUUAGCUCAGUUCACAGCCAUCGAGCGAAUUGACAAAAUGCCUAGGGAGAUUGCGUGUCCGGAAUUACAAAAAGAUGUUUUGCUGCUCGAAGAACAAGAGGGCUCCGUGAAUUUCAAAAUAGGUGUUAUGAUAAUGAAACCAGGCCAAAGAACCGACGAUGAAAUGCUUUCAAAUGAGAAGGGCAACGAGAAAUGGGACCGAUUUAUUUCACUUUUGGGGGACAAGAUUCGAUUAAGAGGUUGGAACCGCUUUCGAGGUGGCCUUGAUGUUAAAGGUGACAUGACCGGUAGCCAUUCCAUUUACACGAUGCACCAAGGACACGAAAUAAUGUUCCAUGUCUCCACAAUGUUGCCCUUCUCGAAAGACAACAAACAACAGCUGGAGAGGAAGCGUCACAUCGGCAACGACAUCGUCAACAUAGUGUUCACGGAAGACGCCGCUCAUAAUACAUUCAAUCCCCAGUGUGUUAAAAGUCAUUUCACUCAUAUAUUUGCCGUGGUAUCUGAAGUGGAAGGUGAAGGAUACAGGCUAAGCGUGUAUACGGACGACACUGUACCGCCAUUUGGUCCAUCAUUGCCCUGCCCACCGAUCUUCAGUGAUCCACAAUUAUUUAGGGAAUUUUUGCUUGUUAAACUUAUGAACGGCGAAAAAGCUGCUUUCCAAACUCCAACAUUUGCACUAAAGAGGCAGCGAACUCUGGAUACACUGAUAAGAGAUAUAUACGCUGAACAUUGUUCCGAUCACAAAGUGCCAAUGCUCUCACGUCGCGCUUUAUCAGACGUAUGGUCAGGCGGGGCGGGUGCGGGCGGAGCGGGGGCGGCACGCACUGAGCGGUUCCUACACGUGGGUCAGGCGCUGAAGCUUGAUGCGGUUCUACGUGGAGAUGCACCGACGAGUUUGGUUUCCACUGGUUCUGGAGGAUCUCGGCGCGCUCCGUGGGAGGGAAAGUUAUGGCGUGCAGCACCUCUACCUGCUACGCCUGUGUGUGCGGAACAACUGGCAGAAGGACGUUUAUUGUUAUCUACUACUUCAAAUACAUAUAUUUUAGAAGAGAGCGGUACAACAAAGGUCGUCUUACGUUGGGAGGGCUGCGUGCGGUCGGCGCGCGUGACGGAGCGCGCGGGGCUGUUCCGCGUGGGCGCGCGCGUGUCCGCGGGCGGCGGUUCCACGACGGGCGGCGCGGGCGGCGCGGGCGUGUACGCGCUGCCGCUGGCCGCGCUCGCCGCCGGCGCCUGGGCCAUGCGCCCGCUGCCGGACUGCAAGCACGCUCGCCUGCCGCGCACCAAGACCGCGCACUUCUUUGACAUACUCGAACAAAGAGAAAGCGGGAAAACCUUACUAGCAGUAGCAAUUGGAAGAAGAGUUCUUUUACUAUCUGAAGAACCAAACGCAGAUAAUGAAAUGGGCUUCGAGUAUAUGCAUAUCAAGGACAUCCAACUAAGUGAGUCCCCUAUAUUAAUAAAACUUAUGGAUGGCGAUUUUGGGGUAAUGGUCGUAGGCUACAAGCACCACUGGGAACUAUUAGAAUUGAGCGCUGGACAGACCAUCAAGAGAGCCGAUGGAUCUGAUGAUAAUAUUCCUCGUCGAGGUGCACUAGUCAAUGCAUUACGUAUCGGUGAUGAUAGGGACGGACAAAUCAUACUGUGCUAUAACCAUACUUGUCACUUUGAAAGACUUACAAACAAAGGCCUAGAAAGCGAUAGUGAAUAUGAUUUUCAUUGGACAACUGUUCCCACGGCUGUCGUGUGUGCGUUUCCUUACAUCAUGGCGUUUGCAGAAGACUUGUUAGAAAUAAGAUUAGUAGCCAACGGAUCGUUAGUUCACGCCGCUUGUAUACCAGGACUGAAAAUUCUAUGUGGACGAAGAGACAUAUUCUACGUAGCGUGCGCACCUGAAUACAUUCCUCUAUCGCGCGAGGUGGACCCGUGCCUUGCGCUGCACGACAACUACGAGCUCGUACGCCAAAUGAGCAAGGCCGGGCCUUACUCUAUUGAUGACGACGAUGCUGAUAACAAAUCUGACCCGGCUCACAACAGCCGAACUUCUGAAAACAACUCGGCGUCUAGUCGCAGCAGCUCGAUAUCGUCUGAACAGGAGAAUAUUCGCCCUCCGCUGCAGAGAAUGACACCCAUCUCACCACCCACUUCACCUCAAGUGCUACCAGAGAACAGCGGUCGCUGCGUACGCAUCUACAAAAUCCCGCAAAGCAACCUCAGCGCCGCUACUUACCAGCGACAAUCUGUCUCCGCGGACCAUGUCGUCACUUCGUAUUUUUCUGAUAGACCAAACAGUAUUAAACAGAGACUAGCAGAAUUAAGAUUAGAUAGUAAAUCCCGAGGAGGCGACGAAGAGUCUUUUGAAAAUUCCAAUUAUACACCGAUACCAUAA